CUGCCCGUCCCCGCAAGAGGGCUCUGAGCAUCCUUGAGGCGCCUGGCGGCAGCCGCGGUCCUUCUCUCUCCGGUGGGGGCGGAGCUUCGCCCGGCUGCGCCCAAUCGCUGCGGAGAACGGAGAGAAGGAGGCACAUCAAAGGGAAAGGAGAUCAAAGCGCUUGGCGGCGCCUCCUCCGCCUCCGCGGAGACAAAAGCGGGGAGCAUCGCGGACCGGGGUGGGGGCAGAUCUUGCUCCCCUCCUCCUCCUCCUCCUCCUCCUCCAAAUCAGGGGAUCUGUUUGGGGUAGAUCCCUUUCGUUUCAAGGCUUGCUAUUUCAGGAUGGAGAAAAUCACCUUUUGCCCAGGGCAGCAAUUGAAGUGCUCGGCCUUUUCCUGAAAACUUCCCCCUUCCUCGUUACUCUGCUCCUCCUCGUCCAGCUGCCCCACAUUCCCUACAUCGGCUUUAUUCCGCAUCAUCGGUGGGGGGGAGUGGGAGCACCCUGGAACCUGCUCAGAUGCGGGAGACCCUGCUUCGUCCAAGGAGACCGAGGGAAGAUGCUUCUGAGGACCAAAGGAUGAGCAAGGAACUGCUGAGGAAGGCAGACGUGGAGAGGGAGAAAAUUGUCCAAGAAUGGAAGGAUCUCUGUCGUUUUCUGGAAGAACAGAAGCAGCAGCUGAUCUGGUGGCUGGAAAAUCUUGCAGGGAACAUCAUCGAGAUAAGGGGGCAGAGUCCGUCCCCGGAGACCCAUCCGCCUGAGCGAAACGUGGGGGUCGCAGGAGCAUAUUGACUGCCAGCAGGCCACUGGCAGUUCCAGCAGCAGACAAGGCAACUUCCUCGAGGUGGAACUGAGGCUUCACCAUUUCUCUCAGAGGAGGAAGGCCGUCUUGGGAGAGGCGCUGAACUGCUUCCGAGAGUCCCUGAAGAUGGAGCUCGAAAGUCUGAUUGCUCCUCCCUUUCUUCCGGAGUCUCGUCUUAAGGACUCAAGAACAUUCCCCCCAUCUGGCUCGGGAAAAUUUCCUUGGGAGCAACGUGAAAUGGAAACAGACGCAAGAUCUGUAGUUCAGAAUCUGCUGAGGUUUGAGGACGUGGCUGUGGAUUUUACAGAUGGCGAGUGGGACCUUUUGGAUGCCCACCAAAGGACCCUCUACAAGGAUGUCAUGCGAGAAAACUAUGAGAACACAACCUCACUGGUUCUGGCCAUCACCAAGCCGGGCACAAUCUCUCGGCUGGAACAAAUGGACGAGCUGCUGGCAACGGAUCUCCACAGCGCCAGGAACCACGUAGGAGCCAUCACAAACCCCAAGACGUUGGCAAAAGUGGAGCAAGGAAAUGAGAUCUGGGCUGAGCGUCGGUGCAGGCCGGAAGGAAAUGCUUGCAGCGAGCCAACAGGAGUUGCUGAGCGAACAAGAGAGAAUGAGAGGAGGGGUCUUCAACCAGAAAACUUUGAGCUGGCGGGGUCACACGUUGCAUUGCUCCAAAGCACUGAGACCAAGUCCAAAUCCCGUGACGAGCAGGAAGCCCCCGAGACCCAACCCAUGUCGCCAGGCAGCCAUCUUGAAGAGCAGCUGCUGGAACCAGUUCUUCUUGUGGGGCUGGAGAAGAACGCAGCCAACAUAGGGACAGGACAGGAGAGCCAAGAGCUUUGCUCCGCAUGUGGGAAGGUCUUCAACAACAGGGCAAGUCUGGUUAGACAUCAGAGAAUCCACAGCGGGGAGAAGUCACACACUUGCGCAGAUUGCGGGAAAAGCUUCAACAAGAGGUCCAACCUUAUUACUCAUCAGAGAAUCCACACGGGAGAGAAGCCCUACCGGUGUGUGGAGUGUGGGAAAAGCUUCAGCCUGAGCUCCAGCCUCGUCCGGCACCAGAGAAUCCACACUGGGGAGAAGCCCUACCAGUGCUCUGUGUGCGAGAGAAGCUUCAACCAGAAGCCCUCCCUGGUGGUGCACGAGAGGACCCACCGCCGUGAGAAGCCCUACAAGUGCUCGGCGUGCGAGAAGAGCUACAGCCACGCCACGAGCCUCAUCGCUCACGAGAAAAUCCACCGGGAGGAGAAGCCGUACUGGUGCGCGGAGUGCGGGAAAAGGUUCAGCUUCAGCUCUCAGCUGAUCACCCACCAGAGGAUCCACGCGGAAGAGAAGCCCUACAAGUGCUCCGUCUGCGAGAGAGGGUUCAGCCGCCCCUCCAGCCUCGUUGUGCACGAGAGGGUCCACACGGGUGAGAAACCCUACAAGUGCACCGCCUGUGAAAAGGGCUUCCCCUCCAACUCGAGUCUGGUGAGGCACCAGCUCACCCACGUGGAAGAGAAGCUGUGUGCGGAAUGCGGGAAAAGCUUCAGCCCAGCUUCCCGACUCCAGAGGAUCCAAGCCGGGGAGGAAAUGGCCAAGUGCCCGGGAUGCGAGAACCGGUUCGACUCGAGUCUCGGUGGUUUUCCAGUGGUGCAUCUUCCCAAAUGGAGGAAACCCGUUGGCAGACGAAACAGCAGUCGGCGUGAUGACAUUCGUAUCAUAGAUUCCGCAGAGGACGAUGUUUUCAGCCAAAGCUCCCUGCCUCCGCAUUAUCACAUUCACUAUGCGGGGUGGGAAUGAAAGCACCGUAUUUUUCGCUCCAUAAGACGCACCCGGCCAUAAGACGCACCUAGUUUUUAGAGGAGGAAAACAAGGGAAAAAAAUAUUCUGAAUCAAAUGUUGUUGGAGGAAGGAGGAGGGAGGAUCAGGCUAAGGCAUCACAACAAGAGGCGCUGCGCAGCUCUCCCUCUUGCUGUGCUGGGUUCAACAGAGCAGCGCAAAGCCUAUUAGUAAUGAAUUGAUUUUAGAAUGCUGUAUUAUUUUACUGUUCUAAGCCGUUCUAAGCCCGGCUUUGGCUGGGGAGGGUGGGAUAUAAAUAAAA